CUGAUUGUCGGAGCAUCAGGAGGAGCGCGAGGAGGAGCAGAGCGGACACCAUGAGCUGCAGCUGGGGCACCGAGCUCUGGGAUCAGUUUGAUAACUUGGAAAAACACACCAGCUGGGGAAUCGACUUCCUGGAGAGAUACAGCAAGUUUAUAAAAGAGAGAGCCGACAUCGAGCUGAGCUACGCCAAACAGAUCAGGAGUCUGUCUAAGAAGUAUCACCCGAAGAGAAGCAGAGAGGAUGAAAGCAGGUACACGUGGUGUUUGGCGUUUGCAGCGACUCUCCAGCAGCUGAAUGAACUUGCGGUUCAGAGAGAAGAACUCGCUGAGAACCUGAACACACAGAUCGCGUGUGAGCUGACUCGAUACACACAGGAAGUGAAGACUGAGAGGAAGACGCAUUUUCAAGAUGGCCGCCGUGCCCAGCAGCACAUUGAGAGCUCGUGGAAACAGCUGGAGUCUAGCAAGCGUCGGUUUGAGCGUGACUGUAAGGAGGCGGAGCGAGCUCAACAAGUCUCCGACAGAAUCGACCUCGACAACAAGACAGACGGAGAGAAGCGCUGCUCACUGAAGGCUCGUCAGACGGCUCAACAGAAAAAACAAGCUGCUGAAGAGUCCCGGAAAGAAUAUGUGACCAGUUUAAAUCAGUUUAACCAGGACCAGCACCAGCACUACCACACCCUGGUGCCAGUUAUAUACCAGCGAAUCCAGGACAUGGAGGAGCGGCGGAUUGAGAGAAUCUGUGAAGCGAUGCGUUCGUCAGCCGAGGCGGAGAGAAAAGUUCUUCCUGUUGUGAGUCGCUGUCUGGACGUCAUGAUGGACGCUUCCGAGGGCAUUCAGCCCCGCAUGGACACCCAGCAGGUGGUGGAGGUGUAUAAGUCAGGCUUCGACCCCCCAGGUGACGUGGAGUUUGAAGACUACAGCGCCACCAUGAGGAGGAGCAUCUCUGAGUCCAGUUACCUCGACAACCGUACAGAGGGGCGGAGACACAGCAGGAAGCUGUGGCCAUUCAUACGCAAAAACAAGCUGUUGACCCUCCUCUCCUCCCCCCGCCAGCCUCCCCCUCCACCCCCGACCUCCCCAUCACCUGGAGGCGUGGCCAACAGUCCCCAGUCCCCACCCCCUGCCUCUAGAGAGCCAAUCACACAGCGGCUGAAUGAGCUGAUGAGCUCUGGCUCCAGAACCAGGAAGCAGUGUCUGCGCAGCCUCAAGAGAGGGCUGUCCCUCAAACUGGGCUCUGGUCCUGCAGACUGCAGUCAUCUUCCUCCUGAACAGAGAAGAAAGAAACUUCAAACCAGAAUCAACAACAUCAACGAGGAGAUCCAGAGAGAGAGAGAGCAGAGAGAUGCUCUGUUGAAAAUGAGGGAGGUGUAUGAACGUAGUCCUCAGAUGGGCGACGCCGGCAGUCUGGAGCCUCGACUGGAGGAAGUGAAGCAGAGUCUGCAGAGACUGGACGACGAGCUCAGGAGGAAUCAGGCGUGGCUGUCAGAGGCCGACAGCAGACUCUCUGAUCACAGCAGUAGAAGACAGAGUGGAGGUUGUGGGUUAAAUUCCCAGGCGAUGAUGCCAGGCAGCAGUAGCCUGAAAACAGCUGGACAACCGCAGUCCAGCCAGCAGAGAGAGUCAGUUUUUGGCUGGAAUGACAGACAGGAAGCAAGAAGUGUUGACGGUGACUCAGUCGAUCGUCCUGAUGGCAGCUACACUGAAGACCACAGUGCAGAGCUUCACUUUAAGUCUCGUAGUUCAGAGUUUGACGAUGACUUUGAUGAUGAAGAACCGUUACCAAGUAUCGGCACCUGCAAGUCCCUCUACCCGUUCCAAGGUCAGAAUGAAGGCACCCUGUCGAUGGUGGAGGGGGAACUACUUUCUGUGGUGGAAGAGGAUAAAGGAGACGGUUGGACCAGAGUGCGGAGGAACCUGGAGGAGGAGGGAUAUGUCCCCACCUCCUACAUCAAAGUCUUCCUGGACGCCAGCGCCAAAGGCUUUGUGCAGAGUAGUCGGCUAGUCUAGCACAGUAAUCGACCAGUGAGGACGUCUCGCCACAGGAAGUGAUGUAACGGAAAGAGCUGCGAGGAAGUCCUGGGCCACGUUCAGCCCCGACAAAACGUAGCAGCACGUUUAUUUAAACUGUAACGGGGGUGCGUUGAUCAUCCUGCUGUGAGCGAUCUGCCUUUUUAUCCCCACGAGUUUACAGACACGUCUCUGCUGAUUGGCUAUCAGCUGGGAUACAGCCAAUACACCAGAGACACGCCCACCAAACCAGAGAAAACAGAACUCAGAUCUGUUUCACAUCGUUCAGAGGAAACAUGUCGUUCAACCAGGAAACCGUAGCAACACGGUGCACACUGUUUAGAGAUUGAACGUUCCCCUGGAGCAGCUUCAUAGAGAGGGGAAGUCCCGCCCCUUCCUGUGUCCACCAUGGGACUUUAUUUCAGUAAAAAUGUGUCUGGUAGUAAACGGGGAGAGACAGAUCGUCUUUAGAUCCUGUUUGAGUUGAGCCAUUAAUGCUGCAUUAUGCUUGUCAGUUUAAAGAUCAUUUAUCAAGUGAAGAAAGUUCCGUGUUCACUACCGGACACAUUUUUACUAAAUAUGGAAGGGAUUUCUAUUGGAUAGAUUAACUUUUCAGAUAUCAUCUGCCAAUCAGAU